UGGGAGCCAGGGAUGGUUUUCCAUUAGUGAACAAGUAAACAUUUCAAACCUGCAUCAGAUCAUUUGCUCAGCAUGGAGCUGUGCAGCAGUUAAUGAUGUCCAUGUUUUUACAGCACAUUGAUGCCUAAUACCAGUACCUCUACCAAAACAUGAAGACUAAACCCAAAGGAAAGCAGCAGAGGCACGCUGCUGACGAAGCAUUUUCCGAGGAGUCAUCAAUGAGGAAAAAAGAUCUGGUGAAAUGUUUGCGGCACAAAGAAAGGAGGAAUGGGGGAAACAAGGAGAGCAGCAAGAUGGCUCCAGCCAGAGCCAAGCAUCCUUGGAACAGUAAGGACAGGCAUUUGAGGAGACUGGAAAGCAACGAGAGGGAGAGGCAGAGAAUGCACAAGCUCAACAAUGCAUUCCAGGCUUUGCGGGAGGUGAUCCCUCAUGUGAGGGCUGAGAACAAACUGUCCAAAAUAGAGACUCUCACACUGGCCAAAAACUACAUUAAAUCCUUGACCUCCAUUAUACUAAAUAUGUCCAAUGGACACUUGCCAGCAGCAGAAGGUAUAGGGGGAGGCCGGGGGUCCAGAUUGUACCAGCAUUAUCAACAGCAACAUGGCAAUGAUGAUAAUGAGGAACAGGUACAAAAAUACUCCACAUAGGUUCAUAGCUUCAGCCAAAACACCUACAGUUAGCUAAUACCACCAUUCCUUCUCCUUCUGACAUGAUACAUGUCAGUACAUAAAGGUUUUAAGAGUUUAUUUUUGAUUCCAUAUAUCCCCUACUUUUUGUCUUAAAAAGAUAAACAGGUAACAACACUUGUGGCUAUAGGUUACAUGGCACAUUAAACAAAAUUGCCUUAAAUUGUAAGACUUUUUCAGAGCUUAAUGGAUUGAUUUGGUGUGUCAGGGUCUGGAAACCUGUCCUGUGACACAGUAGUUGCCUUGAAACUAAAGAUGUAGCAACUACUGAAAAUUCUCUUCUUUGGAAGGGUUGUCAGUUUAGCAUUUAAGGCCCAUUGUCACCCAAGAUCCCUAGAGCUUGUAGAGAAUCUUGGCAGUAGUGCUAUUUACCAACCUGUCAGUGACCUGCCAGAAUAGGUUUCCUCUUGUU